GGUUUUUGUUGGUCAUCUUGUUUCUCUCCGUUGCACGCAUUUGAAAACAACCAUUUGAGUUCUCGGGAACCCAGUGAAUAUUUUGACAAAAUAAUGACUUUGAUCAGUCACUUUAUGAAUUAGACGAGUCCAUGUCCAUAUAACUUCCACCAUGGUGGAAAAUACAGAGAAAAUGUUGGUCCGCCUGACUCAGGACGGACAGCUGAGUGCCUUGGAGAAGCUGCUGAGCUCAGGCGAGGACUCGGCGGCGACUGACCGUCUCAGGAGCCAACACUUUGGCCGCUCGGGAGACACUUUACUGCAUUACGCAGCUAGACACGGCCACCUGGACGUGGUUAAUUAUCUGGUAAAGCGUGUCGGUGUGGAUGUGGAAGUGUACAACAACGACUACAAGAGGCCGCUGCACGAAGCUGCAUCCAUGGGUCACCUAGCAUGUGUAAGCUAUCUGCUAUCAGAAGGAGCCAAAGUAGACUGUCUGAAGAAAGCUGAUUGGACUCCUCUGAUGAUGGCCUCCACCCGGAGGAACAUCGAUGUGAUUCAGGAGCUCCUGUGUCACGGCGCCGACCCAUCCCUCAGAAACAAGGAUGGCUGGAACUCUUUCCACAUCAGCUGCAGGGAAGGAGAUCCAGUGGUAGUGAAGCACCUCCUUCAUGCAUCUCCAGAUGUCUGGAGGACAAAGAGUAAGACAGGCAGGACGCCGCUGCACACUGCAGCGAUGCAUGGCUGUGAGGAGGUGGUGAAGAUCUUGCUGCAGGCGUGUGAAUACAGCCCAGACACUAGAGACAGCUGCGGCGUCACUCCGUUAAUGGACGCUGUCAGAAACGGACAUGUCUCUGUGGCCAGGCUGCUGUUAGAACGCCACCAGGCAUCUCCAACAGCGCACGAUAAACUCGGGGCUCAUCUGGUGCACCAGGUCGCUGUCACUGGUCAGGAGGAGGCGCUGCGUUUUCUAGUGCAGGACCUGAACGUAGACAUAAACCAGAGAGCAACUGACCUCCAGCUGACGGCCCUUCACUACGCUGCCAAGGAGGGCCACGUGUCUACUAUUCAAACGCUGGUCAAACUGGGAGCUGAUGUUCAAGCUUAUGACAGAAAGAGAAGAAGUGCUCUUCACAUGGCCAGCAUCGGUCAACACGCAGCAGCAGUGAGGAUCCUUCUGGAACUUGGACUCAGAGACUCGGAGGAUGCCUCGGGAACGAGUGCACGGCAGCUGGCUAGGAAACAAGACGUGAUAAAAGUGUUUCAAAGCGGUUCGACAGAUCUGUCCUAGAAGAUGAUGUGAUGGUAGAAAUAUACAGAAAAGAAUCAAAAUAAAAAAAUAUUUAU